AUGUCUAAGCCAACAAAUGAUGAUAUUUAUGCAUAUGCGCUGUCCAAGACCGUGACAAAGGUUUCAUCACCUGCAACUGUAGGACUCUACUCUUCAUGUCAGAACCGACUUAACAUGAUCCUCGGGCAAAUGGAAGUGUACAUGAAGCAGGAAGCUGGGCAAGAAUACAAAGGGAGAUCCAGGCCUCGCUCAGUUAAGCUUUCAUUUACUGGCUUUCUAGCCCUCAUUGGCCGAUUGCUCUUCUACAAGCCUAUUUGGACUAAGGAGAACCAGCAGCACCAGAACAUCAGGUUCAUUUCUGUGCAUUUUAGUGCCUGGCAUUUUGCAGGCAGUGACCUGCUUUGGGCCGGGCUAGCUAUAAGGCUGUUUCAGGCCAUGCAGAUAAACUUUGGGAAAUUACAGCUUGUACUUUACCGUGUGGCUCAACACGAUGAAGAUGACGAAAUCAAGAAGAAGAAAGUGGAGGAUGGUCCUAACAACUGGAGGUCCAAAAAGGUUUGCUGCUGCCCUCUGUGGUUUCUCGUCCUGUCCAUUCUUUUGGUUCCAUUUAUCAUCCUGGUAUUCCUGUUGACUGUUGGCUUUCCCGAAUAUGAGAUGCAACCAGGCGAGGGGGUGAAUGGAACACAAGGCCAGGUGGGCGUGCUGGAGAGCCUCGCCAUCGCUUCAUUAGGAGUCCCUGCAGUAAGCGUGUUGAGGUUUGUUUUUCUGAUGUGUAAGAACUUCAUCUUCAGCCAGGAUCUGAACAUCAAGAAGGGGAUGGACAAUGACCGGGUCAGCAGCCAGCUGGGCUUCAUGAACGAAGUGAGGAAGGAAAUGUGGUUUCUGUCUCGCUUCAUCCAGUUUAUGGAGGUGUUUGAGAGGAGAAGGAUCCGAGUGUUACUGAAGAUCACAAACCUGGAUCGGUGCUCCCCCAAGAAUAUUGUUGCAGUUCUGGAUGCCAUCAACAUUCUGCUUUCAGAUGAGGAAAGUCCGUUUAUUUCCAUUUUGGCCGUCAACCCCGAUGUACUUAUACAGAAAGUGAACUUUGCAGAUAGCUGCUUCAGCAAAGAGGACAGAGCUUAUGCACUGCUGAACUGCAUCGUGACUCUGGUCUUCACGGUCCCACCACUGUGCGAUGAUUCAAAGCGCAGUUUAUUUUACAGCCUCACUAGCAAUUCAAAAAUCCCUGCGGACAGAAGCAUGAGGGAAGAUAAACAUAGAAGUGGGGGCCACAAAAAGAGAUAUUCCUCAGAUGUAUCUGUAGAGAUUGCAUUGGAAAUGAAAGAGUCAAAACUGCUUUUGAAUGAAACUACAGCAGAUGAGGAAGUAGAGACGUUGGUCAACAACGUCCUGACCAGCAAUCAAAGGAAUCUGAACAAGUAUAUGUUAGAUGAUGCCAUGUCUAUGAGGAGAGUGAUCAACUCUAUUCGAGUGACUGUGAUCAUCAUGAUGGCCUUGAAGAAAGAGAUUCCUCAACCAGAAUACAUUGCAGCAUGGGUGGUCUUGGCCAAUCAGUGGCCCUGUCGCCUCAGCUGGAUCAUCCAGUGUGCAGAAGAUGCUCAGCAGAGAGCAGGUAUUGAUCAUACAAAUGUGGCCAACAUUGAUGAUUCAAAGACCUUAUGGCAAGUCUUCAGUGAGUCCAGGGCAGAGCUGUAUGUGAUGAGUGCACAGAUUGAGGACCUCCUUGAGCAGGAUGGAGAUCCUGAGAUGUUUGAAAGAUUUCUCACAGUGGAUUUCCAAUUCAAGAUAAAGGACUUGAAGGCAUUUGAAGCAGCAACUGUGAACCUGAAUCCUUCAAUUAGGAAGGAGCUUGCUCAGAUCAGAGGGACAUCCAGGCUGAAAGAUUCUGGUUGGAUGAGGAACCUAGCUCCCCUACCAAUCAGAACUAUCAUCAAUAUGGAUACAGAGGAUGUUUGUAAAGAGUUGGAGAGGAUGAACUACUCCAAUAAGUACAUUGAAACUGUGAAAAGCAAUGACCUCAAUGGUUCGGCACUGGUUUUUGGUGAAGCAGAAGACCUUAAAAAACUCCUAAAAAUGACCUUCGGUGAAUGGGCACGUUUCAGACUGCACUUCUUGGGUUUAUCAUCACAUCUCCGACAACACAAGUACAUGCCGCCGACAGCUUAUCAACCUCAGAACCAGCCAUCUAGAUUUACCCUACAUGGUCCCCAUCAUUACUCAUCUAAUCUCAGUGGUUAA